CUUCGUUCAUACAAGUCUGUGGCAUUGAUUGACUUCCUGAAUGCUAAACUUGGUCCAUAAAGAAAGGAAUGGAUGCACCAAAGGAUCAUCAAAAUGUUGCAACCAUAGAUGUCCAUGCUGCCAAAGAUCUUCUCAAUUCAUCUGGUUAUCGUUAUCUGGAUGUUAGGUCAGUAGAGGAAUUCAACAAAAGCCAUGUUGAGAAUGCUCUUAAUGUCCCCUAUAUGUUCAUCACAGAAGCUGGACGGGUGAAAAAUCCAGAUUUUGUUGACCAAGUGGCAGCAAUAUGCAAGAAUGAGGAUCAUUUAAUUGUGGCUUGCAAUAGUGGAGGAAGAUCACUCCGAGCCUCCGUUGAUCUGCUUGAUUCAGGAUUUAAACAAAUUGUUAACAUGGGAGGAGGCUACUCUGCGUGGGUGGAUGCUGGAUUUGCCGGGAACAAUCCGGGAGAAGAGAUCAAAACUAGUUGCAAGUUCCGUCCAAGCGCAAUCCACUGAACACCGUAGCAUCUAACAUCUUCCGCUUGUUCCUUCCUUCUCCAAUUUCAUGAAUAAAGUCCAAUGUUUUUAUUAUUUGGCUAAAACCCUAUUUUAGUCCCUUAUAAUUUUUUUUU